ACGUGCACCGGGACGGACGUGUGUCGCGUGUGAAUGUUUGAUGUUUGCGAGCGCGGGGGCGGUUAGACCGGUCGCACGACCCGACGACCUUACGUACCGUUCACUCACGCACCUCUUGUGCUAAAACUAAGUGCAUCAAAAAAUACACACUAAAGGAUUCAUUCACAUUGCCCUUUCUGGAUAGAUGCAUCUGAUUUACAACUUUGGAAACUGCAUUCGAGACUUCUUGAGAUAUGUUGGCAAACAGCUGCCCUGGGGGUGUCGGGCGCGGGCCCCAGCGUUCGGCCUAUGCGUGCAGGUAGCAUGGAGCCAGUGCCGCCCAUGCACACGCCAAUUUACGAGCACAAGAAGCACCGGCUGUCACGCCUGCUCGAUAAGCUGGCAGUCCAGCUGAACAACAACAACAACUACCCGACUCCAUCGUGGCUCGUGCAUGAGUCGCCACAAACUGAGCACAACGAAGCUCCUUUAGACCUGAGUCUCAAGUCACCUCGCGAGAGUACGGGGAUAUUCAGUUGUCACUCUUGUGGCCAGGAGUUCUCCAUCUACGACCGAUUGGUGAAGCACAUCGCGUCACGUCACCGCAGCAAACCAGAGGGCGUGCGCGCCUAUGAGUGUGAUAUAUGCUUUAGGAAGUUCGCUAGGUCCGACAUGCUGACUCGGCACGCGCGCCUGCACAGCGGGGUCAAGCCGUACUCGUGCGCGUCGUGCGGACAGGUGUUCUCGCGCUCCGACCACUUGGCCACUCACCAGCGCACGCACACGGGCGAGAAGCCGUACCGCUGCCCGUCGUGCCCGUACGCCGCGUGCCGGCGCGACAUGAUCACGCGCCACAUGCGGACGCACCUGCGCCGCCCCCAGCCCGCCUGAGUGCACUCUCCUUCCUUCAAUUACUUCGUUUGAGACUGAUUUUUUCAUUCCAAAGUCGAACCAUUGUUUUGAUUGGUGUUAUGUUUGGAAGCCCCGCCUGAGGCCUCGCGUUGGUAAGACAUAUCCCAUUGCCUCGCAGAAUUAUUGACUUGACUGCGAUUGUGUGUUGCCAGUUUGCGAUUUUAAAGAUGUUUAUGCCGCAGCGAUGUCAAUUGAAUCUGCUGUGCGCAAUGCGAUGUGUCGGUUCUUGAUCUUAAAAUUAUGUUCGGAAUUUGUUUUAGCUACAAACCUAAUUAUGUACUUAGUUAUUCCAGUGUAUAUAGUAAAUUAGACAGUUAUUGUUUAUUUUAUACAAGUAAACCGCGACAAAUUGUUCUGUGCCAUCGAUGUAAUGUUUGCAUUGUUAAUAAUAUUUUUACGUUAAUUGUUUGAUCAUCAUUGUGUCACUUCUUUUGAAAUUAACAUGGGAAUAAUUUUGUCGAAAUACGCUUAGUACUUAUCUGUUUUUAUAAGUGAUUUACUUCAUACUAAAUUAUACAGGUAAAUUAUAUUUUCGUGUCUGCAAUAUUAAAAGACAUUGUUUUAUACGCGUUGUAGAUAUAGAAAAGUCUUGUUUUAUGUUAAAACUCGUCAAAAGUUAAAGUUUCGUCUUAGUUUUAAGGAUGUUUCUGUUAAUAACUUAUUUAAGUAAACUUACUUUUAAUUCUUUGACAAUUCGAAUUUAAUGUUACUGAAAAUAUAAAAAUGAUACGGUUUUGAUUUUAUAAUAUAAAAAUUAUAGUAUUUUUAAUUUUAUUAUAAUUAUUACGUUUUUAAUAAGCGUACCUAUUCCGUGUACGUUUUCGUACAAAAUAAUGUUAGCGUCGGGAGUAGAUGCAAAUAUGUUUUUCGAAAUAGAGUAUACGCUCCUGUGCUCUUAAUCCUACGUAAAAAUAAUUGAAUAUAAAUGUUUAUGCGUGUACUUAAAUUACGUAAUUAUAUGCACAUCAGUACCUACUUAAUAAAAAAAACGAAUUAUCCUUUUUCGAAUUUAAAAAACAUACUACUCAUAAUAAUUCCUAAGAUCAAGACAUUAAAGCAUACAUUCGUAUGUAAGAAGUCCGCAUUGAAUACAUACAUAUAAAGGUUGCUAAGGACUAGUGUUGCAGAAUUAAACUUACCUACGGAGAAGUACUUACUUGUUGUUUAAAAAUCAGAUGUGCAUAAUUUAUUUGUGCUACUAUCUUGUAAAUAGCUUAACGGCCUAAAUUAAGAUCUGUGGAUAUCGAUCGAAUCGACGAAUAUCGAAUAAUCGAUUCAUUCGAUAUUUAUUAAAGUCUAUCAUUAUUCGAUAUUCGGAUCAAUUUUUUACAUUAGUUGCAAUGGAGUUUCUGUCAAAAAUCGAUCCAUAGAGGUCACCACAGAUUAUUGAUAUUGAUAGAUUAAAAAAUCCGUCGUUUUUGUGUAUGCGAUACACAUUAGGUAUUUGCUUACAAUAUAGGUAAUAAUCUAUGUAAUUAUCAUUAAACUAAGGUGUUAUUUCGAAGUGUGCUAAGCUUCUCGACUAGUUUAACUAUCUAUUAUAUACCUAUUUGUUUUGUUGUGUGCUGUUGAAAUAGGCUAUUCUUUAUUUUUUUUAAUGUUGUAAUAGUAAGUACCACAUUUUCAUUGAGUCCUUCGAUAUUUAUAUAUCUUAGCACUUAUACAUAAACUUAGCAUUUAAGUCACUAGUUAACGAUUGUUGUUCAAUCAUUUUCAAUAUUUUCACAUUAAUGUCUUACCAAAUAAAGUUUACUUUACUCUAGUUAUACCUAAGUAUCAGUACAGUACCUACUUAGUAGAUUUUUUAACUAUUCGUUAGAGUAAGGAGCAUACAUGUAAACUAUAGAAGAAAUCUAUGUUGUCAAUGUAGUUUAUGUAGGGGGAGAUACUUCACGGAUUUUUCACCUUAAUGUGCAACUGAAAUUAACACUCAUAUCUAUCUACGAGCAAUAAAAAAUCUAGCUACUAAACAACAACAUAUUUGAGAACAACAUCAGGUCAUACCGCGAAGUAGGUUUCUUAAGAACGUAAAUUUAAUGUGCAGUCCUUUAGAAAUUAAUGUUGUAUUCGUAGUAUGAUAGGCUUUCAAAGUGUCAGAACAGAAGUUUCUUUUUUAAAAUUUUAUCAAGAAAAUCUGUUAUGUUAUGACAUCCAGUAGGUACCUAACAUAUACCUAUUUCCUAUGAGAAACGUAACGUAAAACAUGGUUAUUGCUAAAGCCGUUUUUAUGGAUCUUCUUAAACUUUUUUUAAAUGCUUAUUAUGAAACAUCAGUCUCAUUUCAAAAAUUUAGCAACAGGUUUUUUUAACAAGCUGUUUGCGUAAAAUGUCCUUGGUUUCUCAACACCAAAAUUAAUGUUUUGUAAUUUAUUAAUUAAGACAUAAUUUAGAUCAAAAGGUAAAACCAAAUGGAGCAGUCUAACGGAGCCUGCUAGUCCUACUUUAGCGACGAAUACUUAAUACUUAUUACAUGUACUUACGAUACGAUAUCAUGAAAAGUAAAGCUAUGAGAGCCAACUAUUCUAGGCAAUUUCGAUCGCGUCUAAUACUGACUGCAAUACUGGUUGGACAACCGGCUGGGGCUGGUACGGCAACGUUUUUAAAAAUAACAUAUCCUUAAAAACAAGCAUGUGACAUGUUGCAUCUCGGGAUAAACAUAAGCCACAAGUAAGAUGGUGAUUUCUUUGCUUAGGUUCGUAACGUCACGUCACUUCAUAUUCAUCGCUCAAGCAGGGUAGGUACCCCAAAAACGUAAACAAUGGGAAACCUAGGUAGGUACCUACAUUUCUGAUUUUUCUUCACAAUUUAAACUGUUAUUUUGUUAUUUUCCAUUUUCGUAUGCUUUUCUGAUUAUUAACCGACAUCAGUUGCGUUCGCGCAGGUACUUAAUGUUACACUGCAGUGUGUGAGUGGUUUAUAAAUGUUUUCUUUGCUCAUGUUCAUGGCAUCCUUAAAAGGAAUUAAAAUUAUGUUUUUUUUAAAGACAUUUUAUGAGUUAUUUUGUAUUUAUUAUUUGUAAGUUUAGCUAAGGUGUUCAGAUAUUUUUAAUUUAAGUUUUAGAUUUCUAAAAAUCGUUUUGGUUAAACUUUGGGGCAUCAGAAAAUAUUUUGUUUAUGGGUUAAUACAUCUCCUAAAAUACCGGCAACAAGUUUACUGGUUAAAUUAGAAAAUCUUAAGUGCACUUGGACACUCUAAAAUCAGUAUAAUAAUUACCUACUUACGUAUGUAAAAACGUUGCGAAAUAUUUUCUGAUGCCUCUAAGUAAGCUUUGCGCCAAUAAUCACGUUGACUUUGUGGCUGUAUCUAAACUCAACUACCUAUACCUUGUUCCUAAACAAAAAUCUUUUAAAAAGUCGUCAAAGCACUAACUUAACUAUGGCAUGCCGGUGGACAAAAUUAAAACGAAUGAAAGAAGUAAAGAUAAAAAAAAUCAUACGAAGACACUAGCGCUAAUGCGAAAAUGAUGGACAACUUUUGACAAAGACAAUAACUCUUUAUAUUUUUAUUUUUAACUUAACAAUAAGAUUUCCUAGCCGCCAUUUUAUAAGUCAACGUGUCUAUUAGUUGUUACUACAAUUAUUUUUAUUAUUAAAUAAUUAAAAUUAAGUAUUACUGUGAUAAAAAAAUAAUGAUUUUGUUUUUCAAACUGCUGUGUUUGACAAUAUUUAAUGUCGAUUAAAAAAAUAAAUGGAUGUAUAAAAUAAA